AUGGCCAUGUACGCAAUGCUCCGCCGCGCCUCCUCCUCCAUGUUGCCUCAGCUGGCGCGCCGCGCCACGUCAUCGUCAUCUUCUAGAACCUUCAAGAAUGUUCUCUCUGUUCUCCACAGAGAGGCAACUAUUACUGUUGUACCCUCUCUACGCUUCGCAAACGCCUUCGCAACGAAGACCGGCGCAGACAAUAGUCUUGUUCAAGUGCUUCAAUCUGAGAUCCAAUGCGCCCUCGAAGAUGAUCAUCAGCACCAAGUUGACAUCCCAAAUGAUUUCCCUUUUGAGAUUGAGGACAAACCUGGAGAGAGAACCAUACAACUAAAACGACAAUUUGGUGAUGAAACUAUCAAAGUUCAUGUUGACAUCCCUAAUGUAGCACCUGAAGAUGAGGAUGAUGAAAAUGACGAGAAGAAUGAGAGUGAAUCGAGCAUUCCUUUAGUUGUUAGUGUUUUCAAAGGAAAUGGAGUGUCUCUAGAAUUUGGGCUGACUGCUUUUCCCGAUGAGAUUUCUAUUGAUAGCUUGUCAAUAAAGCAGUCUGAGGAAUCUGAAGACCAGUUGUCAUACGAGGGGCCUGAAUUCAUUGAUUUAGAUGAAAAUCUGCAAAAGGCUUUUCACAAGUAUCUUGAGAUCAGAGGGAUCAAACCCAGCACCACCAACUUCUUGCAGGAAUACAUGUUUGCUAAAGACCAGAAAGAAUAUUUAAUGUGGUUGAAGAACUUGAAGAACUUCAUCGAGAAAUGA